GGCUUUGAAAAAAAACAAAACUGGUAAGCUUUGUGUGGCUUCAAAUAAAAAGAGAAACAUGAAUUUUAUUAACGGUAAACUCUAUACCUCAGCCAUAUCAUUUUUGACUGCUUCCAUAACAAUAACAAUGCAAAAAUGGCACCCAUACUUGGUUAACACAAGUUGUACAAACCAUUUCAAUUCGUAAAAGGGACUAUAUAAUAAGCAGCUGGCAGCUCCCUUUUCAGCCCUUGUCCUUUUUGAUUUCUGACAAUCAAGUACAAUAUUUUAAUCAUUAUCAUGACUAAUCAAAGAAAGGAUACAGCAUAUAUUACUGAUAAACCUUAUAAUAAAUCUGAAGCACAGCAUAAACAAGCGAUUACUUUUAUUUUAAAUGACGAAUCUACAGCAUCCUACAGCCUAAGCUCUCAACACGAUAGCGAUAGUCUUAAAGCCAAUGGCACAACACCUGCAAUAAGGCCAUCUGUACGUAAAAAAGAACUUGGAUACGAUUCAUCUGAACUCUUGAAGAAGAAAGUGCACACGAAAGUGCUCAACAUGCAAUCACAUAAUUCUGAAAUUGAAGACACAGAAGACAGCUCUUGCUCAGAGAGCGAGAAUGAUGAAUUAAGUUCAAUACAAUCAAUACCGCUCUGUUGUCAAGCAGCUCAGAAUGAACUGAAAGAGUACAAAAAGAGAAUUAAUAUACUCAUGGCAUUGGUUUCAAGGCAAACAGCGGAAAUACGCUCCCUAAGAUCCAUAAUCCAUACACAUAAUAAGCUUACAACACAACAAACAGAGACAGACAAAUCUUCUAUGUUGCACGAUUGUUAUCAUGCACGCAAGCGAAAUAAAAACUUUUGAUUACGUAAGGAACGCAUUGCCCAUUUCUCAAAGAAGAGUAUAUUUUGUUUCCAAAACUUUGUUUUUCGUUAAUUUUUGCAAUCGA